AUGGGUAAACGCACUGAGUUGCAGUUGCAGCCCGUUUCCUCAAGGCCGGCAAUUGCAGCGAACUGUUUCGGUGCAAUUCCUCGUGGUCAACGUGGUCGUCAAGGCCGAGCAGCCUUUGGCCAAGAGUCGGCCCCUGACUGGGCUCAAGGUGACCAAGGUGAGCAAGCUCUUGCAGCCCCUACAAUCCGGGACCCCGAAGUACCGCAAGUGCAAGAACCGCUUGCCCAAACAGCUCUUGACAAGAUUGUGUCGGACAUGGCAGUCGAUCCAGCGGAGGUCGUGGGAGCAAGGGUAUCGGCCGGACAAAUGAACUUCGAAGACUUCGUUGCAACCUCAAUGGUCAUGACGACUCCAUCAGAUGCCGGUCCACUGGGUGCGCUGCCAACUGGCUAUGAAAAAAUUAUUCUGGCAAUGACCCUGGAGGAACGACGAAAUCCGGAAUUGUUCAAAGGCACAAACGCGCAGGACCGCAUUGCUAGGGUGGCUGCACAGGCUGGAAUGGAACCGCAAGUUGCCAAAACAUUCUUGAGCGAUUUUGGUUCCAUUCAGCAGUUCUUCGCCAAAGUUCAGCAGGGGACUGAAGGAGGCAAAGGAGCUUUGCGGCAGCCAAUGCAGAUGGCUGCCGAGUACCUUGCAAACAAGCCUCGCCGCAUGCGCCGUUCUCGUGAAAGCCAAAAUAAGAUGCUGAAGCAGGCGGGCAAAAAUCUCCGAGCGAAGAAGGCCAAGAGCAGAAGCAAAGGCUUCAACUGA